AAAUAAUUUGAGCUAUGAACCUGGCCUUGCUGCAAGGCGCGGGUGAUGUGGUAGCUACUGGACUCUACUUUGUUACUUUCAACCAAGAUGCUACAUCCCUUGCUGUGGGAACCACUACUGGAUACAAACUAUUCACUCUUAACGGCCAUGACAGAUUUGAUCAGACCUACGAAUUUACAGGUGAGGACGUGUGUAUAGUAGAACGGCUCUUUUCCUCCUCUCUCAUCGCAAUGGUAUCCCUCUCAGCUCCUCGUAAACUAAAAGUCUGCCACUUUAAGAAGGGGACGGAAAUUUGCAACUACUGUUACCCUAACACCAUCCUGGCGGUUAAACUAAACCGAGCCCGAUUGCUCGUUGUCCUGGAGGAAAUACUCUACAUUCAUAACAUCAAAGAUAUGAAGGUUCUCCACACAAUAAGAGACACGCCAGCCAACCCUAAAGGCAUCAUAGCACUCAGUAUAAACUCUGACAACUCUUACUUAGCGUACCCCGGAUCUGGGCAGAUCGGGGAAGUGCAAGUGUUUGAUACCCUCAAUCUGGACGCUGUGACCAUGAUACCAGCGCAUGAUGCGCCUCUUGCGGCGCUGUCCUUCAACUCGUCAGGUUCCUUGUUAGCAACAGCUUCAGAGAAAGGGACUGUUAUCAGGAUAUUCAGUAUACCCAGUGGGAACAAGUUGUACGAGCUGAGACGGGGUAUCAAGCGGUGUGCAGCUAUUUACUCAUUAUCAUUCAGUCCUGACGACAAGUAUUUGUCAGCAUCCAGCAAUACAGAAACAAUUCAUAUCUUCAAGCUGGACAACACAGGUGCUCCAGAGAGCACUGCCGCCCCCGCACCAGAGUCUCAGACGUGGGGUCAGUACCUGGGCAAGGCACUCGUCAGCACUGCUUCGUACCUACCUUCGCAAAUGACGGACGUCUUCACGCAGGGACGGGCGUUUGCGCACGUUAAACUCCCUUCGCCCGGUUUGCGCAGCGUGUGCGCCCUCACGACCACCGGCAAACUUCUUGUUGCAAGUUCAGACUCGUACUUGUACGUGUACGUGAUAGAGCCGGAUGAAGGAGGCGAGUGUAUUCUCUCAAAACAGCACUGCAUGCUAGCUACUUCUGAUGGAAGUUGUGAUGAUGUCGGGGGAGAGCUGUCUGAGACUGUUGCUGCAGAGGAUCCUGGUCCGCCCUCUUUCCAAACUAAUUAUUGAGAGAGCUCCUGACUAAACCUCUGUCUAUUCGUGGAAGUUUUACAGAGAAUAUAUUGUGUGAUUUUACCGAAGAAGCUGUAUUAAAUGAUACAUUAAUACAGUCAAAAAAGAUAACGUUUUAAUCGUAGAAUUUAUUGAUACAUGUCGUUGUUAUAGAGUAAUUAUUUUAUUCUGAGGACGAACUGUGAUGUAGCAGCAUGGCCUAAAUUCUGAAUGUGACUUACCUGUGUAUUGAAGUAGUAGCCUAAAUUAUUCGCUUGAUGACAGAAUCAACAAUUCUUGUUUAUUUUGCUGAUUGUGGGUCGAGUCAUCCUUAAUUAUUUAAAACUGGAAGUCGAUUGCAAUGAGACUGUAUAUCCUCGGCUUGACUAGUUCGGCGUCCAACUGAUAACGAAUGGGUAUUUGAAUAAUGUUAACUUUAUGAAUUAAGAGUAAAAUUAUAAUGAUUUCUUUUUGUUAUUUCACUGCAUCUAUAUCGAUCUUACGAUUGUGAGGUAGUUCUGUUAAA